AAUCCGCUCACUCAGGCAGUACCCCGGAAGCAAUCAAACUAAGCUCCUGUGUUUCUGCAAACAUAACUAAACCAAACUUCUUACAUUUUUGGACACACAAAUUGGUAAUAUUAGCAGAAUAUUUCCACUAAUAAAUAUAAAAUGUCAGAUCGCAAACGAAGCCGUGAAAAGCGCGAGGACAGACAUGAACGAAAAAGACACAGAGAGUCAAAACAGGAGGAGGACAAAUACACGCAUCAAACCAAGAAACUCGUCCAUGAAGUGCAGAAAAUCAAGCAUGUAGAGACUUUCUAUGAAAAUCCUCCACCCGGACUCAUAAAGGAACAUGAUGACAAACCAGAGGAUUGUAUUCCUGAUACACCGGGCAAUGAAGAUGCUAGAAACUUUCUGGCUCAUGCCCCCACUAGAGGACUGUGGAUGCCUCUGGGAAAAGAGGUGAAGGUCAUGCAGUGUUGGAGAUGUAAACGAUAUGGGCACAGAACAGGAGAUCGUGAAUGUCCUUUCUUCAUCAAAGGCAACCAGAAACUGGAGCAGUUCAGAGUGGCACAUGAGGAUCCAAUGUACGAUAUCAUCAGAGAGAACAAGCGCAAUGAAAAAGAGACCAGGAUCCAACAGCUGAAACAGCUCCUGCAGGACUCCACCUCAGACUCUGACUCCACAUCCUCAUCCGAUCACAGUCGCAAGAAGAAAAAGAAAAAAAAGGAGAAGAAGAAGAAGGAAAAGAAGAAAGAGAAGAAGAAGAAAAAGAAGAAGCAUAAGUCUAAGGGUAGUGAUGAUUCGGACUCAGACUGAAACAGUAAAGUCAUUUGCUUAUUAAUAGAAGCUUAUAAGGCCUUUGGUGAAGCAGCGUUUCAGAUGGCUGCCUUAUCGGAUGAAGCCUCUUCCCAACUCCCCAAGCCAUCUUCAGAUCUGCUUAAUAAUGCAUGGGAGCAUUUAAUCCUCUCUUGCAUGGAAUGCUUAGGAUAUGUCAUAUUUCCAGAAGCUUUCAUAAAUAGUUUAAUAGCUUAUUUCUUAGACUUAAUGACCUUGAAUGUCUUUAAGUAAAUAUCAGAUAUAUUUAAUUUCUGGAAUGUAUGUUGAUUUACAUUUGGGAUUGUUUCACUGUGAAAAUGGCAGGCAUUGUGAUGUCAUCUACUUAAGCGUUUUAUCUUGAAUGUUACAUGUGUUUUUACAUGUAAACGCUUAAGUGCUGUACUGUCAUGUAAAUAAAUCUGUGAGUUUGUUGACAGAUAAAGCUUUUAAUUUAUAAUAUGGUUAUAUAAUGAUCUCUCUAUAUAUAAUAGUAAUAGUACACAUUAUUUUGUGUAUUUGGUAUAAUGCAAUAUGUUUGCAUGGUUUAUGCUUAAAAAACACAAUAUUUCCCACAUAUUGUACAUUUUUGUAGCUACAGAUAUCCUGCCUUCCUCAAACGCUCUGAUUAUGUACAAAACUCAUUGAUUUGAAAAGCUCUGUGUCCCUGAUUGGCCAGCUAAAAUGUAUGUUGUGAUUGGCCUGAAUACCUGUGAUGUCAACCGAAAAUGUGACGCUCCUUACCAUGUUUGAAAGAUUCGCUCACAAUCCAAUGCGGAGUAAAUUUACAGGCUGUAAGUCCGAUGUGUGAGGAAUUGUGAUAAUGACCGUCGUGUCCACAUCAACAAGCCCAGGAAGUAAACUGUUGCCUACAA